CUCAGAUCUAAGGUUUAAAGUUGUUUUCUUCCAUAAUCCAAUUAAAAACCCUAACUAUUUCCCGCCCUUUUUGCUUAACCAGUGAACCCAUUAAAAUUAGCCAUUACCUUCUACCAUUUUCUUCUCAUUUUUUUUCUUUCUCGUUAUACUUUUUUACAAAGAGAUGUGGGUUUUCUCUGAAGCUGAUGAUAACAUUCGUUAUGUUAAUAAAGAUGAAGAAAAGCUAAUCGAAGAAGAAGAAGAAGUUGAGAGAAAUGGAGAGUUAUUGUUCUGUGGUGGAACGAGUUGGGAUACCUUAACUAAUUAUGGACAUCCAGAUAAUACUUAUGGAAAUUUGAUUUCUCCUACUCGAUUAACACCUCUAAUUGGUGUUAACAUUCGUGAUGUUGCAGCUGGUUGCGCAUCUAGCCAUUGUGUUGCACUGGAUGUUGAAGGUCGUGUUUAUACGUGGGGAAAGAAUAAGAGGGGACAAUUGGGACAUGGCGAUAUGAUUAAUCGUGAUAGGCCGACAAUUGUAUCUGGACUAUCAGGACACAAAAUAAUCAAAGCAGGCGCUGGUAGAGCUCAUACGGUGGUGGUGACUAAUGACGGGAAGUCCUUCGCCUUUGGCUGGAAUAAGCAUGGACAAUGUGGAACAGGUUCAGCAAGGACUGAAUUUCAGCAGUCACCAGUUUCUAGUCAAGUUUCAGAAGUCACAAAUGUUGUCUGUGGAGGUGAUUUUACUGUGUGGCUGUCAUCUGUGGAGGGAUCGUCCAUAUUAACUGCAGGUCUUCCACAGUAUGGUCAACUAGGGCAUGGGACAGACAACGAGUACAAUACUAAAAGUAGCGCUGUGAACCUUGCGUAUGAAGCCCAACCUCAUCCAAAAGCAAUAGCCGCCUUUGCAGGGAAAAAAAUUGUCAAAGUUGCAUGUGGAACAAACCAUACAGUUGCUGUGGAUUCUGAGGGUGUUGUUUACACGUGGGGUUAUGGUGCCUAUGGAAGAUUGGGGCAUAGAGAGCCGAAAGAUGAAUGGACUCCUCGUGUUGUAGCUCUCUUCCAAAAGAAGAAUGUUCUACCUCCCAAUGCAAUUGUUGCUGCUGGUGCUCAUAAUUGUGCAGUCACUGCCGGUGGAGGGCAAUUAUACAUGUGGGGAAAAUUGAAGGUUACAGGCGAAGAUUGCAUGUAUCCGAAGCCUCUUCUAACUUUAAGCGGCUGGAAUAUUCGUUGCAUGGAUUCAGGCGCCACACACAAUUUUGUUGGUGCUGAAAAGUCGUGUAUAAGUUGGGGUGGUUCUCAGUAUGGAGAGCUUGGAUAUGGUCCCGAGGGACCUAAAUCUGCAACGAAUCCCAAAAAAGUUGAUGUCCUUGAGGGUAUGCAUGUAAUGAGUGUCGCCUGUGGUUCAUAUUAUUCAUUGGUGGUGGUUGAUAGAACAAAUGUCGGUGAUAAGCUUGAUCAGCUUGAUGUUUACGAGGGCAAACCUUUUGAAGAAGGGACUGCUGACGCCAAGGCUAAAAGUCCUGGACCAAAGAAAGGUGGUGCUGAAACUCCAUCCAAUAAAAGGAAGAAGUCUAAAGAUUUGUCAGAAUCUGCUGAACCCAAGGCUAUUUCUCCUGCACCUAAGAAAGGUGGAUCAGAUGAUGAUGAGAAUGGUCAUGUAGAAGAAAGAAAACGUGUUGGUGGUAAACAAGGCAGAGGUAAUGGUGCAAAGUCACCCGCAGCCGGAAAAGCCUCCGGACGUGGGCGAGGACGCCCUCCUUCUGCAGAAAAGAAAAGCACGCAGCCUCGUGGAGGAGGAUCUGGUGGAAAGAGAGGCAGGCCAAGAAAGUCAUGAGGCUCCUAUCUUUCCCAGCCCAAAAUUUUGCAUCUUCUCUGGAUUUUAACCCGAAAGAGAUGAGCAAUAACACUAACCAUAACGAAUUGUUCUGUUAGUCUCUUGACUUCAUUAGUUAAGCAGGGUUUAAUUUCCUUGGCUCUCCAAUUUGUCAUGCUGUUAGUGUUAGCUGCAGAAAAACAUACUCCAGUGCUUAAAAGUUCCUGCAGUAACCCAUCUACAUUUUAAAUGGAAGCUGGGAAGUGUUCACUUUUAUAUCCUACGUGGAAUUUCUUAUUGGUUGUAUCUAUUUUUUCCCAGAGACACUAGAGCUAAUAUUUAA